CGCCGCCGCCGCCGCCGCUGCACCUGCCACCAUGUCGCCGCCGCCGGGUCAUGUCUGACUCUCUCUGGACCGCGCUUUCCAAUUUCUCCAUGCCCUCCUUCCCCGGCGGCAGCAUGUUCCGCCGCACCAAGAGCUGCCGCACCAGUAACCGCAAGAGUCUCAUCCUGACCAGCACUUCGCCCACCUUGCCGCGACCCCACUCCCCGCUGCCUGGACACUUAGGUAGUAGUCCCCUGGACAGCCCCCGCAACUUCUCCCCCAACACCCCCGCCCACUUCUCAUUUGCCUCCUCCCGAAGGGCCGACGGACGCCGCUGGUCGCUGGCCUCGCUCCCUUCUUCUGGCUAUGGCACCAACACGCCCAGCUCCACCGUCUCGUCCUCCUGCUCCUCCCAGGAGCGCCUGCAUCAGCUGCCCUACCAGCCCACGGUGGACGAGCUGCACUUCCUGUCCAAGCACUUCGGCAGCACAGAGAGCAUCACCGAUGAGGACGGCGGCCGUCGCUCCCCGGCCGUGCGGCCCCGAUCGCGGAGCCUCAGCCCGGGCCGCUCCCCCUCCUCCUACGACAACGAGAUCGUGAUGAUGAACCACGUGUACAAGGAGCGGUUUCCCAAGGCCACGGCGCAGAUGGAGGAGAAGCUGCGCGACUUCGCCCGCGCCUACGAGCCCGAGAGCGUGCUGCCGCUGGCCGACGGCGUGCUCAGCUUCAUCCACCACCAGAUCAUCGAGCUGGCCCGGGACUGCCUGGCCAAGUCCCGCGACGGCCUCAUCACCACCGUCUACUUCUACGAGCUGCAGGAGAACCUGGAGAAGCUGCUGCAGGAUGCCUACGAGCGCUCUGAGAGCUUGGAGGUGGCCUUUGUCACCCAGCUGGUGAAGAAACUGCUCAUCAUCAUCUCCCGGCCUGCGAGGCUCCUGGAGUGCCUGGAAUUCAACCCCGAGGAGUUCUACCACCUGCUCGAGGCGGCCGAGGGACACGCCAAGGAGGGCCACCUGGUCAAGACAGACAUCCCCCGCUACAUCAUCCGCCAGCUGGGCCUCACCCGCGACCCCUUCCCAGACGUGGUCCACCUGGAGGAGCAGGACAGUGGUGGCUCCAACACGCCGGAGCAGGAUGACAUCUCUGAGGGCCGCAGCACCUCGGCCAAGGCCAAGAAGCCACCGGGGGAGAACGACUUCGACACCAUCAAGCUCAUAAGCAACGGGGCCUACGGCGCCGUGUACCUGGUGCGGCACCGGGACACGCGCCAGCGCUUCGCCAUGAAGAAGAUCAACAAGCAGAACCUGAUCCUGCGCAACCAGAUCCAGCAGGCCUUCGUGGAGCGCGACAUCCUCACGUUCGCCGAGAACCCCUUCGUGGUGGGCAUGUUCUGCUCCUUCGAGACGCGGCGCCACCUCUGCAUGGUCAUGGAGUACGUGGAAGGCGGUGACUGCGCCACCCUGCUGAAGAGCAUAGGGGCCCUGCCUGUGGAAAUGGCCCGCAUGUACUUCGCAGAGACCGUGCUGGCUCUGGAGUAUUUGCACAAUUACGGCAUCGUGCACCGCGACCUCAAGCCUGACAACCUCCUCAUCACCUCCAUGGGCCACAUCAAGCUCACAGACUUCGGCCUCUCCAAGAUGGGACUCAUGAGCCUCACCACCAACUUAUACGAAGGCCACAUCGAGAAGGAUGCUCGGGAGUUCCUGGACAAACAGGUGUGCGGGACCCCAGAGUACAUCGCACCCGAGGUGAUCCUGCGCCAAGGCUACGGCAAGCCGGUGGACUGGUGGGCCAUGGGCAUCAUUCUGUACGAGUUCCUGGUGGGCUGUGUCCCCUUCUUCGGGGACACCCCGGAAGAGCUCUUUGGACAAGUCAUCAGUGAUGACAUCCUGUGGCCGGAGGGGGAAGAGGCCCUGCCCGCAGACGCCCAGCUCCUGAUAUCCAGCCUCCUCCAGACUAACCCUCUGGUCCGGCUUGGGGCGGGCGGUGCCUUUGAAGUAAAACAACACAGUUUCUUCCGGGACCUGGACUGGACAGGGUUGCUGAGGCAGAAGGCCGAGUUUAUCCCCCACCUUGAGUCAGAAGAUGACACGAGCUACUUCGACACCCGCUCAGACAGGUAUCACCACGUGAACUCCUACGACGAGGACGACACCACCGAGGAGGAGCCCGUGGAGAUCCGCCAGUUCUCCUCCUGCUCUCCGCGCUUCAGCAAGGUGUAUAGCAGUAUGGAGCAGCUGUCGCAGCACGAGCCCAAGACCCCCGUGGCAGCAUCUGGGGCCACCAAGAGGGACACGAGUACCAAAGGCCCCGAGGAGAAGGUGGCUGGCAAGCGGGAGGGCCUGGGCGGCCUGACUCUGCGCGAGAAGACCUGGAGAGGAGGCUCCCCGGAGAUCAAACGCUUCUCGGCGUCCGAGGCCAGUUUCCUGGAGGGCGAGGCCAGCCCUCCGCUGGGCGCGCGCCGGCGCUUCUCGGCGCUGCUGGAGCCCAGCCGCUUCAGCGCCCCGCAGGAGGACGAGGACGACGCCCGGCUCCGCAGGCCCCCCCGGCCCAGCUCCGAUCCCCCCGGCUCGGGCUCGCUGGACGGUCGGGCCCCCAGAGAGGCGGCUCCGGGGGAAGGCACGCCCAGCGCAGGGGACUCCGAGGCGGCUGAGCGCUCACGCCCAGGUGACCUCUGCCCACCCUCGAAAGACGGGGAUCCAUCAGGCCCGAGGGCCACCAAUGACUUGGUUCUGCGCAGGGCGCGACACCAGCAGAUGUCAGGGGAUCCUGCCAUAGAGAAGCGGCCUUCUCGAACCGGGGGCAAAGUAAUCAAGUCAGCCUCCGCCACCGCCUUGUCAGUCAUGAUUCCUGCAGUGGAUCCACACGGAAGCUCGCCCCUCGCUAGUCCUAUGUCCCCUCGAUCUCUCUCCUCCAACCCCUCUUCCCGAGACUCUUCCCCCAGCCGGGAUUACUCACCAGCUGUGAGCGGACUGCGCUCCCCCAUCACCAUUCAGCGCUCUGGCAAGAAGUAUGGCUUCACGCUACGUGCCAUCCGUGUCUACAUGGGCGACUCGGACGUCUACAGUGUCCACCACAUUGUCUGGCAUGUGGAAGAAGGAGGCCCAGCCCACGAGGCCGGGCUCUGCGCAGGGGACCUCAUCACCCACGUGAACGGGGAGCCCGUGCACGGCAUGGUGCACCCUGAGGUGGUGGAGCUCAUUCUGAAGAGCGGCAGCAAGGUGGCAGUGACCACCACACCCUUCGAGAACACCUCCAUCCGCAUUGGGCCCGCUCGGCGCAGCAGUCACAAGGCCAAAAUGGCUCGAAGGAACAAGAGGCCCUCAGCCAAGGAUGGACAGGAGAGCAAGAAGCGCAGCUCCCUCUUUCGGAAAAUCACAAAGCAGUCGAACCUGCUGCACACCAGCCGCUCCCUGUCGUCGCUGAACCGAUCCCUGUCGUCCAGUGACAGUCUCCCCGGCUCUCCCACGCACGGGCUGCCCGCCCGCUCUCCCACGCACAGCUUCCGGUCCACGCCCGACUCCGCCUACCUAGGUGCCUCUUCCCAGAGCAGCUCUCCAGCAUCCAGCACGCCUAACUCCCCAGCGUCGUCGGCGUCGCAUCACAUCCGUCCCAGCACGCUGCACGGGCUGUCCCCGAAGCUGCACCGCCAGUACCGCUCUGCGCGCUGCAAGUCCGCCGGCAACAUUCCGCUGUCGCCUCUGGCGCACACGCCGUCCCCGACCCAGGCGUCCCCGCCGCCGCUGCCAGGCCACACGGUGGGCAGCUCGCACACCACACAGAGCUUCCCGGCCAAGUUGCACUCGUCGCCCCCAGUUGUGCGCCCGCGCCCCAAGAGCGCCGAGCCCCCGCGCUCGCCCCUGCUCAAGCGCGUGCAGUCAGCCGAGAAGCUGGGCGCCUCGCUGGGCGCAGACAAGAAGGGAGCCCUGCGCAAGCACAGCCUCGAGGUGGGGCACCCCGAUUUCCGCAAGGACUUCCACGGCGAGCUGGCUCUGCACAGCCUGGCCGAAUCUGAAGGAGAGACGCCUCCCGUCGAGGGGCCCGGGGCCACCCGGCAGGUGGCCAUGCGGCGCCUGGGCCGGCAGGAGUCGCCCCUGAGCCUGGACCCCUUGCUGCCCGAGGGCACCCCCAGGCCCACGGCUUCAGGCAAGGAAAAAGAAUCCCCGGGCGGAGGCCCCGAGGCUUGCACCCCGCCCCGCGCCGCAGCGACCACCCCGGGGAGCCGGACCCUGGAGCGGGACUCCGGCUGCACGCGGCACCAGAGCGUGCAGACCGAGGACGGUGCCGCCGGCGGGGUGACCAAGGUGGCCAAGGCGGCGCUGAGCCCCGUGCAGGAGCACGAGACGACGACGGGACGGCGCAGUAGCUCCGGGGAGGCGGGCACGCCCCUGGUGCCCAUUGUGGUAGAGCCCGCGAGGCCAGGAGCCAAGUCCGAGGCGCCGCAGCCACCGUGCAGAGACUCCAAGGGCCUGCAGGAACCUGCACCCCACGUGCCUCCGGUGCCCCAGGCCCCAAAGGGUCGGGAGCGCUGGGUGCUGGAGGUGGUGGAAGAGCGGACCACGCUGAGCGGCCCUCGCUCCAAGCCAGCCUCGCCCAAGCUCUCCCCAGACCCCCAGACCCCCACCCAAGCCCCAGGGAGGAAUGCGCCCGGGGGCGCAGGCGCGCCAGCCCCACCCGCGUCCCUCCUGGUCCCCGGCACCAAGCCGGAAGCAGGGCUGACCCACCGGUGUCCUGCUGAAGUUGUACCUCCAGCAGGCCUCACCAAAAAGGGGGCGCCCACUUCCACAGCCAAGUAGGCCGCUGGUCCCGCGCCGUACAGCCGCCUGUAUACAUAUGUACACAUAUAAAUAAAGUGCGUCCUCCGUGCUGCGA